CUAUUCUCCCACACACUCAAUGGCAGCUCUUAACUCGAAACUGCUGCAAAUAUUUCAACCAAAUUGAACACGUGCGAGAAAUAGCCGCAGCCAGGGACCGUGUAAUCACGCGCUGUAAGAUGCACGUUUGGAAUGUUUUAUCGAAAUUCGGUCUUUAACAAGUGUCUUGACACUCUGAGGUAAGAUAUGUAAAAAGCUAAGUUGGUGAUGCAAUAUUUCGAUACCAACCAAUAGCAACAUCAGCCCCCACAAUCCAACAUAGCAACAAAAUCUAACGUUCCUCUCACCAUAACACCAUCACCACAAACUUUCUUCCCUCCUCCUCAUCCUCCUUCACGCGCUGCCGUACUCCGCCGCCGUUCAUGGGUGCAGUAGAACCUGUAGUUGAAGAAGAAAAUGGAGAAAAGGAGACUAAAAUACGAGAAGAAGAGAGAGAUGUGGAGAAAGGUGAAAUGGGUAGUCAACAAAGAGGAUUUCAGACGCAGCGCCCACCUCCGUACCAACAACCACCUCCACCAGCAACAGGCAGUGAUAAUUUUAACAUGUCGAGAAUGCAAAGAUUGAGUGCUACAAAUCCUCUUAGGCUUGUAAUGAAUGCCGGAACUAGAGUUGCUUCUCCUUCUCCUCCUCCUUAUCAUCACGCUCCGCCACCUGCAGCUCAUCAUCAGCACCGUUCUUUUCCGAUUCCUUUUCAGCACCGCCCUUCUCCGCCGGCUCAGGCUCCGCCUCCGUCUCAGCACCGCCCUUCUCCAGCACCUUCUCAGACUCGCUCCACCCCUGCCACUACUCCUCAACAACCUUCAGUAAUAACACUGAAUUCAAGAUCCUAUACGAACAAGUUUUCACUUUUUAUCUUCCUCCUACACAUGAUUGCGGCAAUUGGACUAGUUGGUUUUCUUCUAUUCAAAGGGAUACAAGGCCUAAUAGAAGCAGGGGAAGCACAAAGAAAGGAAAAAAGGCUACUAAAGUAUUUCUUACCGCAAGUAGAAGCAGCUGCUCUACUUAGUAUAACACUAGCAUUUAUAUGGCAAAAGGCAAUGAGAGUAUGGCCUACAUUCAUGGUUCAUUUCAUACUCUGGGGUUCCUUUAUUCUCACGUUAUCAGCUGGAAUCCUAUUGAUUUGCUUCCAAAAACCUGCAACUGAUGGUGUUGGAGUUGUGUUUAUUAUGUUUGCAAUUGGCAAUGGAUUGUACUCUUGUUGGGUGACACCAAGAAUCAAGUUCUGUACCAAGAUUUUAAUCAAAUCUCUCGAACCCGUAUCGAAAUUCCGUGAUUUAAACCGGCCAACUUACAUAACACUUUUUGUUGGAUUCUUGUGGAUGUCAAUGUGGAUUUUGGCUGUGAUUGGAGCUAUAAAUUUUUAUUUUCCACCGUUGAUUAUUAUCUUAUUGGUUCUGAGCAUGGCUUGGAUUACUGAGGUGAUGAGGAAUGUGGUGAAUUUGACAGUGAGUAGAGUGAUUGCUCUGUAUUAUCUAAGAGGGAUGCAAUCUAGCACUCAGUUUUGUUUUCAGAGGGCAUUGUCUGUGAAUCUUGGGAGUGCAAGCCUUGGUUCUUUAUUUGUACCUGCAAUUGAAGCGCUGAGGAUUGUGGCUCGCGGGUUGAAUUUGCUAGAGGGUGAAGAUGAGUUCAUGUUUUGUUGUGCUCAUUGUGGAUUGAAAAUCAUGGAUUCCAUCUUUAAGCGUGGCAAUGGCUGGGCUUAUGUUCAGAUUGCUACAUAUGGGAAAAGUUUUGUGAAGGCAUCACAAGACACAUGGGAGUUGUUUGAAAAGAGGGAAAUGGAGACAAUAGUAGAUUCGGACAUGACCAGUGCCAUUUGCUUUCUGACCGGAGUUUGUAGCGGUUCUAUUUGUGUCAUUGUUGUUGCCGCUUGGACUGCCACCGUCUACCCUAAUUUCAUCGCCACCUUGUCCCUCCUCUCUGCCUACAUCGGUUACCUUCUGACUAGGAUUGCCAUGGCUUUGCCUCACGCUUGCGUAAGUAGUUACUACGUAUGUUAUGCUGAGAAUCCCGAUAACAGAUGUUUUGACAAGUCGAUAAUUCAAGAUCGACUAAACUUAAUGAAGUCUGAUCGUGACGUGAUUGUGCCAACGCCUAGAUCAGUUCCUGCUCGAUUUGCACGGUAGCUCAAUUAUGGAGAUGUACAUAAUUCUUUUCAAGAUUAACCAUUGUUAGAUCAAUUUAUAAGUAGCAAAAUGUGCUUGAUAUAUGGAUCAAGCUUGUGUUUUCCCCGUCGAAAUGGACUGUAACAACUAUUUGUGAAAUUAGUUGAAGUGCGCGCAAGUUAAUUUGUAGGAGAAGAAAUGAUGAUGUGAAAUAACCAUCAGGAUUGGAUUCUUAUGAAAAAAAAAAAAGGGGAGUGCCCACUCAGAUUUCCCAACAAGAAGGCCACGAGGAGGUGUCUUAUGGUACUGUCUUUUGUAUUUAUUUAAUAAUUGAUAAGUAUAUACUAUUGUGGUUGGUCCCACCACUAUUUUAUUGUCAACAUCUUAGUUAGGUAAACCUAAUGUUAUUUAAUUAGAUUUCAUUCUUUACGCAAUCAUGUAAAGUUAGAACUAAUUAUUUUCAUUUUUCAAAUUUUAAUCAUUUUUUUUCUGUUA